AUCCUCAUAAAUUCCACGUCACAGGGACAGAGUGACUGCAGAAACUGGCUUCCAAUUUGCCCUGAAGUUCAAACUUCAAACUACAGAGCAGCAAAGCUACCAUGGGUCUGGAGAAGUCCCUCAUCCUGUUUCCAUUGCUCGUCCUGGUGCUUGGAUGCGUCCAGCCUUCCCUGGGCAAGGAAUCUUCGGCCAUGAAGUUUGAGCGGCAGCACAUGGAUUCAGCUGGUACUGGAAGCAGCCCCACCUACUGCAACCAAAUGAUGAAGCGCCGGGAGAUGACAAAGAGGUCAUGCAAGCCUGUCAACACCUUUGUGCAUGAACCCCUGGCAGAUGUCCAGGCUGUCUGCUCCCAGGAAAACGUCACCUGCAAGAACGGGAAAAGCAACUGCUACAAGAGCAGCUCUGCCCUUCGUAUCACUGACUGCCGCCUGAAGGGCAACUCCAAGUACCCCAAUUGCGACUACAAGACCAGCAACUACCAGAAACACAUCAUUGUGGCUUGUGAGGGGAACCCCUAUGUGCCCGUUCACUUCGAUGCUUCCGCAUAAGUUUCCGCCUAGGCCAAACCUGUCUCCCAACCUCACCAUAUCAACACCUGCCCCUCCCCUCUCUCAUUCUUUCCCGGAAAGAAGUAACUUGUGGUAGGGCUUCCAUGCCAUGAAACAUGCUUCUCUUGCCCUGUGUCACCCACCCGGAUCCCUCUCUCGCCCUCCGGUUUUCUGCCAUAGACAAAUGAAGCAAGACGGCCCUCACCAGAAUUCGUCCCUUCACCUUACACUGCCUUGACUUCAGAACCAUGAACCAAAUAAAAUUCUGCUCAUUAUAAA